CAUAUAGACAUUCCCUUCGAGAAUAACUUACCCUUUACAAGCGUUCAUGGUGAAGAACAUGAAACUGGAAUAAGAGAAUGAUUUUAAGCUCACGGUGAAAUAAUUUGUUUCUUAAUAGUUAAUUUGCCUUUAUAAUUUCCUUUGCGCUUUAAAAACAAGAUACCUAAGUGAAUAACUGAAGAUUUAAUUCGUAGGAUGUCGUUUCGGUUGCUUCCUAAAUUAAAAUAUGAUGAGGUGAAAGCAGAAAACUUUUUAAAUCCUGGAAAAGUGCCGCUUGCGAAAAAUAAUCGAAGGGACAAACCUCAGAUCUCUUCAUACUUGAUAAAUCAAGAUCUGAUGGACAGAGCGCUGGAAGCUAGUCAGUUAAAACAGCAAUAUAACCCAAACUUAACGAUCGUUGAGAUGGCGCCUGCGGCCGGUGUGAUGUCUGCUUCUUUGUACAAUUACUUUCGGCCAAGAAAGCAUAUCCUUCUCGAGUCCAGAGACACAUUUUUCGAUCCAUUGCGAAGGCUUUCUAGUCAAACAGGUGGCCGAAUGCAGCUUAUAGAACAAGAGGGAUUUAAGUGGAAUACGUAUUCUGAGCUUAUUAAAUCAAAAAUUUUAGACGCUUCACGGCAGUCAGAAAAAGAGCAGGCCGGUUCACCACAUAGGGAGCUGCUUUUUGCAGCUCAUGUUCCUGUUCAAUACUACGGACUUCUGUUUACGUCUCAGAUCGUAGAGUAUCUCGCAAGCCGAGACUGGCUUGGUUAUUUUGGGAGAGUGCGAGUGCUUUUAUGGCUUCCUCGCUCACCCGCAGUCACUAUCUUAACUUCUCGAGGAUUUCGAAAUCGGUCAAUGACAGCUGUUCGUCGUGAGGCCUUUAUAGAUACCAGAGUGCUUGUGGGAAGUCAGUCCGUUUACGAUGGUUUAAUGAAACGAUGUUCCACCAAGUCCAAGUAUUCACAAUUUCUUCCAGAGCCAUUGAUUCAAGUCCAAGAUGAUUUGAAGUAUAUGGAACCUCUUUACGAUGGACAUACUUUAGUUGAAUUAACUCCAAAACCCCUUGACAACAGUCUAUCGUUAUCUUUAUUUACACAAGUGAUCAAAAGCCUGCUAUACAUUUCGAGAGGAAAAUUAAAAAAUUCCCUUGAGCAUCUCGGUGCUGGUGCAACGAAUCUGAUUCCUGCAAUUCGAGAUGCAGGUGUCGACGUGGAACUACCCAGUUUUUGUCUAUCUGCUGAAGAUUUCAAAACGAUCACACGCAUAUAUGAGCGCUGGCCAUUACGCGAUCACCUCAAACAUGAUGAGUUUGUAUAAUGGACUUGUAUUAAUUCUCAUUCUCUCGUUUGUAUAAUGUCUUUCGUUUCCUGCAUGUCCAAAAUUCCAAUUCAAUUAGACACGCUUAUUAGAUGAUUUAAUUUUCUUUUAAACAUAAAACAAAUACUUUUUUUGGUUUUUUAUUUGGUUUUUUAUAUUUUAUUUUCAUUAAUACUGCUAGUUCCCUAUGUAGUCUUGAUAGGUAUUACGAUCUGAAUACAGGAUGAGACGAUCUACUGAACAAAUUAAGAACAUUACUUACUCCUGUUUGCAUUGAUUGGGUUUUAGCAUUCUCACAUGUAAAUGAAAUUUAAGCC